UAAAAAGUGUUGCUCCACCAGCAGAAAGCUCCUUUAUAUGUCCGCGGAGCGAGACUUGCUGACAGACCAACCAGAGAAGAGGCUUCCAGCAGAGCAGCAGAGGGCGGCCCGCUCUGAAUGUUGGCGGACACUUUGAAAGGAUUUCCCACCAAUCAGCAGCGUAGCUUCGGGCGGUGGGUCGCUCCUCUGGGCGGUGCUGAGCUCCAGGAGGAGCCCCUCACCAAUCAGGAGCCGGAGGUCUGAAGCAGCGUCACCAUUUCACAGUUUAAGAGCAGCGUGUCUCUUCAUUGGAGCUACUACACCUCCUGAACAGAGAAAGAAGAAGUCAUGGCAAGAACCAAGCAGACCGCUCGUAAGUCUACCGGAGGCAAAGCCCCCAGGAAGCAGCUGGCCACCAAGGCUGCCCGUAAGAGCGCCCCGGCCACCGGCGGCGUGAAGAAGCCUCACCGUUACAGGCCCGGUACCGUGGCUCUGAGAGAGAUCCGUCGCUACCAGAAAUCCACGGAGCUGCUGAUCCGCAAGCUGCCCUUCCAGCGCCUGGUGAGAGAAAUCGCUCAGGACUUCAAGACCGACCUGCGCUUCCAGAGCUCCGCAUUGAUCUGCAACGAUGAGUGGAAGAGGCAAAGGAGGAAAAGGACUCGGUAA